ACAAGCCCACACUCCUGUACUCCUAUCAGCUGAGGGAAAUCCGCUGCGUUCCGAUAAGAGCAACGAGGGAGCGCGCGCGGCUGCCUCACACUGCCUCCGUCUCUGUCCCGCUGCUCACUCCGCUCAGUGCCAAGCCAGACGUGCUGAGCGAGGACGAGAGCGAGGCCGACACGAAAGGAGAACAUUGAGAGGAGCAGUAAAGAGAGAGAGAGAGAGACAGGGAGAGAAAGAACAAUCAGCAACUACAACAACAAGAACAAGGGAACACGAAGGAACACACUUGCGUAAGAGAAAAACGCACACACAGUUGCGCACACACAUACACGCACACAUACACACACACACACACACACACACACACAUACACAAGUGACGAGAGGUGAACGAACUAACCCGGACGAGAAAGAAGAGAAAAGAACAUACCAGCUAAAACAUUUUCCAGUGCUGAGAAACAAAGAGGAUAGAAAACUUAUAGAAAACUGAUAGAAAACAAGACAUUUAAGAGGAGAGGAAGAAUUUCAUAAUUACAUAAAAAGAAAAGUUAGUAAGAGGAAAUGGAGGAGAUGAAGAGUAGUAAUCUGUGCUGAGGGUCAGAGAAAGAGGUGAAGGAGAAGAAGGAAGCGCCACGCCCCCAGGUGGUCAUGGCACCGGUGGGAACUUGAAGACUCUCGUGUUUCCUUCCUUGGGCAGCCAACUUUCCUUCCAGGAUGUACACGCUCACGAUGGGAGAGCGGGUGGCCAUGGUGAUGAUGGCGCUGGCGGUGGUGGCAGCGGUGGGCGUGCUGGUGAUGUGUGUGGUGAAGCCCGGCUGCUGGCUCAACUCCCUGCUGCUUGGUGAGGAGGAGCGAAGGAGACGAGAGAAGGAGAAGAUGAGUCUAAUGGUGCAAGGAUCCGCUCCGACUCUAUGCCUACCGCCACACUCCCACCAGUCCCCAGCUCGUCACUCUACCCUACAGGAGCUCUCCUUCCAGAGCAGCCACUCUCCCGUGCACACCAAACAGAGCCACAUCAGUCCCCAGCACGGUAUCCAGGAGUCCCACACACUCCUGGGCUCCCUCUCCUCCAAGCGGGACUCCACCUACUCCUCUAUGUCAGAGUAUUCCGGCAGGACCUCGCCCACCAACUCCUGCAGGAGCAGCGUAGGCGACAGCGUGGGCAGCGGUGUGGGAAGUCCCGUGGGGGGCGAGGCGCAGGGCCACCUCUCCUUUGGGCUGCAGUACGUCGUCACAAGUCCUGAGGCGGCCACGGGGAAGCUGAUUAUCACUGUCCUGGAGGCGAAGAGUCUGGCGGGGCGGGAGUACCUGGGCAACACGUGUGACCCCUACGUGAAGGUGGUGGUGUGGCGAGAGAGGAGGUCGCUGCGCAAGAAGAAAUCACCGCCACUCCAUGUGUUUCGAACCCGCACGGUGAGACACACGCAGGACCCUGUGUACCACCAGUCCUUCGUGAUGGAGGUGACCAAGGCUGACCUGAAGGAGUUAGUGGUGAAGCUGGUGGCGAUGGACUCAGAUAAGUGGGCAAGUCCAACUACUGUCGGGGAAGUGACGCAGCCGCUACGAGACAUCAAGAACCUCGCCUCACUUGAUCAGCGGACCACCCUCAACUAUUUCCUCGCGCCGCCCAAACUGGAGCUUGGCGAGGUGCUCUUUGGCCUCAGCUACCUGCCCACUGCUCAGCGCCUCUCCGUCUCUGUCAUUAAGGCGCAGAACCUCAAGUAUAGCAACGUGGUGGACGACCUUAGUGACUUUUGCCCAUACAUCCGCGUGCUCCUCAUCAGCGGCACGGGGCGAGUACUGAAGAAGAAGAAGACGACGUGGAGGUCAGCCUCAGCUUCCCCCAUCUGGAAUGAGACGCUCAUCUUUGACUUGGCUCAGAACCAGGUGGAGCACGUCACCUUCCUCUUGGUCCUCUGCACACGUCCUCAGCAGCUUAUGUCAACCUCAACCCCGGGCGACCCUUCACUUCAGUCCUCAGAAACAGUCCCGCAUGAAUAUCUCACGCCUCUAGCGCCCCUUGACCCCUCCGCCUCCCCCAUCCUCGACCACCCGAAGAAGCAGGAUCGCUACCUCGGCAAACUAGCAUUAGGAUGCCACGUGAAGAGCGAGGAGCAGCGGCAGCACUGGUUAGCCGUCAUAGGGUCUCCGAGGAAGGUUGUCUCCCAGUGGCACGCUCUCAAGUAGAUAGCUGAAGGAGGCGCUGAGGGUGAGGGAGGAACUGUAGGUUGUUUGUGUCAAUAUAUACAAUGCUGUAGAAGGGUUUGGUGAAGGGCAUUUUAAAGGGAUUGGAUUGGCUGUCAGUGAGUUGAGUUGAGUGCUGUUGAUGUGUGUGCGUGUGUGUGUGUGUGUGUGUGUGUGUGAAAAGAACGUCCAGUCACUAUAAAAUGUGGUGUUUGGGAUGUGUUUGGAAGUCUUGGUGGUGAUGGUGGUGCAGGUUCCAGUCCCACCUCCCAUCCCUCGCCAGAAGCACAUCCCACAUCCUCCCAUGACUCGAAGAUUACUUAAUGACCCUUCACAGACGACGCUUUGUGAACUGAGCGGACCGGAACUCUGCAGUAAUUAAAGCAGAGUAGCCUGUAAGGGGGAAAAUCCUUUGGUAAUCUAUGGCAGGUUGGUUCUCCCUUGAAUCCUUCCCUUCCCUUCUCUUUCCGUCCCUUUCCGCCCCUUCUUCCUCUCAUCUCUUUCCACUCCCCCUUCAUUAUCAUCCCUCACCUCCCUGUGUGUUUUAGUUUAGUGUACGUAGACUGUAUAUAGUCAUCAGUUAUUAUUUUUGUGAUCUAUUCAUGAUUAUUAUUCGUGAUAUUAUUUCUACUGUUUGUGAUUUAGUUGGGUAUGUUUUAAUGUGUGUGUGUGUAUGUGUGCGUGUGUGUGUGUGGGUGGAUGAGAGAGAGUUACUAGCUUUGAGAAAGACGUGGGUGUCGUAGAAUUUAUAAUAAGAAAAGAUACACAUGUCGGGUUAAAGGUCAUUGGUGAUUCUUGAUUAAAUGUCAUUACAACACACACACACACACACACACACAGACACACACACACAUACACACACACACGUAAGAACUGUCGUGCAUCGUGUGUAUAUUUUAAUGUGACACAAUAUUACUCUCAUCUAUAAAUAUUCGAAAGUUCAUGUCAUCAUUACGUGUAGGUAGUAUAAGGUGUAGGAUCUGCGUGUGUUGUAGCAUUGGAUUCCUUUGUAAGCAUUCCAAUCGCCUCACUGUCUUUUAUCAUGGAGGAUCAAUAAGAGGAUUUAGGUUGCUCGAGCGGGUCUGGCACCCAAACAUGUGGAAUCAAAUCCUGUUUACGUUUUCUUUGUUACGUACGACAGAAAAAUCCAUCCAUCCAUUAUUAUUAUUAUUAUUAUUAUUAUUAUUAUUAUUAUUAUUAUUAUUAUUAUUUAUGGCGAUGAGAUAGUCAUGUAUAUAUCACGUGAUUUUGUGUGUCGUCGCUUUCCGCAUCGCUUGGUAGGAAAACAAUAACACUAUCGAACAAUCGUCAAGGGAAACUAGUACUCAUCUUCACUGGUUUCCCCACGUAAGUGCUAAGAUGUGUGUUCCUGGCGCUUCAUAUACAUACAAUUAUACAUAUAUACUUGUUUCCCUACGGUUAUCUGCAGCUACGUCAGUUUCAUUACCUGGGCAGACGUAGGGAGGUCGCUGCGUCGCUGUUUUGUGCGUGAGGGCGUGGUAGGCGAGCAGCGCUGGCCGAGGGCUCUCCUUGUAUGACUUCUGUGAUAGUUCGAUGGUUUUCAAUUGGUUCUGCAGAAAUGAAAUGGCAUGAUGGGCGGCGUUCUGUGUUACUCGUGGUGGAAGAAGUAAGGUUUUCAGCGCAGUCUUGUUCUGCGUUCGUGAUAUGGUAGUAAUAGAUAAAGUUUCUGGUUGUAGAAGAAGCGAAGAAUCUUGGAAUCAACGCUUGUUUCCCUUCUACUAUCCGUGUUUUCAAACGCUUCUGCUUCUUAUCUCGACUACUUUCAAUAGGCUCUAGUGGGAGUUGUCAGGGUUUUCGAGGAUGUUUCGUGAUUCUAGUGAUGAUGAUAAGAAUCUGUACCAGUAUUGGAAAGAAAAGACAUAAGAACUCCAAUAAUCUAUGUAGCCUUAGAAAAGAGAUCUCAUGAGGACGAAGCGUUUCAGAAUGUGGAUCCUUUUUUUCACGAUUUGGUAAUUUAUACGUGAACCAGUUUUGGUGUACAGUGCUGCUCCUCGCGGCGGAAGAAGAGGAAUCAGGAUUGGAGGUUUGUGAGAGCCUCUUAAGAUGAACUUUACGCAUUUUGUGGCAAGACAUGUAGUUGUACCUUCACUUUUCUUUCCUGGCCAGCCGCCGCUACUCUCACCUCACUGCGCCCUCUGGUGACUCUGAUAACCUUGAGUCGUGCAUAGCGGGUGAAUCUUGCAUGAGGAGGGGACGCACUGGGUAUGAUUACGUUAGGGAUUAAAGGAGGAGGAAGGGAAGGAGUCUUUAAUCGGAGGAAUGAAUGGGUGGGCCUGUCUAUGGUGCUGUAGUUAAGAGGUAAUAAGCAAAGAUCUAAUAGAGGGCCUUUUCUGUAUCUAAUCGGCAACACUAAUCUGCCUUUAUGAAUACGAGUUAUUGACUUGUGUGUGUGUGCGUGUGUGUGUGUGUGUGUGUUGUCGGAUCUGUGCAGGUGGUUAGGGCGUGCCUCUCUGCCUCCCUCCCUCCCCUUCAUCAGUUAUCCGAGCGGGGCAGGCUACCGUGACACCAUGCAGGCCGCGCCCCUCCCUGGGUGUGGCCUGCGCGAUGUCACACGGCACGCAGGCUACAUUUUGUUUCUAAAGUUAUUAUUUAAGCCACGAAUCGUUACUCUCUCUCUCUCUCUCUCUCUCUCUCUCUCUCUCUCUCUCUCUCUCUCUCUCUCUCUCUCUCUCCGAAAGAAUAAUCUCGUUUUCCGGCCAUGUUCUUUCUCUCAUUGACUUUUUUUCAGUGUAAUAAACGUUGAGUCACUGUGUACUGCGUAUGUUUUGCUACAGAGGGCAGUGGGUGCAUCGGGAUGUGGUGGUGGUGGUGUCUGCGUGUCCGGGCGAUGCGCACCUCGUUUGGGAGUGCAGGGGUGCGCCCGUGUAUGGUUGUAUGGUCGGACUGUGGGUCUUUCAUUACUAUGUAGUUUUCUUGUUAUAUGUUACGUCUGGGAAAGGCUACACACACACACACAUACACACACACACACACACACACACACACACACACACACACACACAUACUAGUGUGGGAAAAGGCAUUUAAUAAUCCUAAGUAUAGUCGUAGUCACGUCUCGUACAGUAACCUUCUGCUGUCGCUUCUACUGUGUUUGGUGCUUUUUCUUCAGUCGUAAGUCCUCUGAUCUAUUGCCAACUUCCUCGCUAAACCUGACGAACUGGUGGAUUCUUAGAUCAGUGGACGUAGUACUGAAGGAAAGCGGUAAGGACAGUGGAAGUUGAGUUAAUGAGAUGAAAAAAAAAAAAGACAGAAGGGGAAGUGAGUACCGUGCGUUACUUGAUUUCUGACCUUGACUGUAUCUUACCGUUACGUACAUAGUUACAUACAUACAUACAUACAUACAUACAGACCAAGCCGUUCAGUCAACCCCGUGCAACACAAACGUCCAAAGAUGUGUAGGUUUGGUGUGUUCGUUCGCUGUCGUCACCGUCACCGUCACGUGGUGGGUGUGCACGUAAGGGGAGCACAAAUCUUUAUUAUUAUCCGUGGGUAUGUGAUUUCACUCGUGUUUAUGUAUAGAGAGGAAAGAUAUACAACAUAUACAUAUACCUGUUGAUGAUGAAAUACAUGUAUAGAACAACU